AUGGUAUUCGACGGGGAAAAGGGUGUGGUAGAUGAUACGCAAGUCCGCGUUAGCGCACACGUCACUGCCUAUGACUGCGUUCAGGAGGUCCCCAAGGACAACACAAUCGCUAUCGCUGUCGGUGUUUGCUUCGCUAUCCUAAUUGUCCUGGCAAUCAUCGUGUUUUUGAUCGGCAACAGACGCCGAGCUCACGGCUAUCAAAACAUAUAG